AUGGCCUCACACUUGGAAAUCCAACUCGGAAUCGAUAAACAGUGGGAGAUUGGAAGUGAACCCUACAACCAUUUUUGUCAAGAAGCUUCACUACUAAAAUAUUGUACAGUACUUGAUGAACUCAAAUGGCUUGUUGUGAUGCAUUUAUUCGAGCUGUCAAAGCUCUCACUUUCAGGAACAGGCUACAAACUACGCCAACAGAUUGGCAAAGCUUUACAACGAUGUUCAGAGGCAAUAUGCAAUGCACUGAACCAGUACAAUACUCAAGCUGCUGCUCUGAUCCCUCUCUUUCUGGGCAAGUUUGAUCUUUUGCAUCACUCUUGUUCUGAUGUCCGCACUUCAGAUUGGACUAAACCCGCUUAUCGUGAAGCUAUGGUGAAGUACUUUAAGAUCCAACGUGCUCAUGAAGAAAUCCAGAGGUUAAAUAUUGAAAUUCGCCGGCUGUGUACAGCCAUACAUGACAAGGAGCUCAAGGUGAAUGCCACCAUCAAUACUCUUCUCAUAUCAGACCGGCCAGUUGCACUCGAGCUGCAAUAUCAGUAG